CACUCCACUUGUGUUCUCCCACUUUUAUAAAAGUAAUAAAAUAAAAAUAAAAAAUGUCUAAACGUAAAUCGCCAAGUAAUAUUGAAGACGAAUUUAGUCGACUUUUUAAGAAAAUGAAGAAGCUGGAGAAAAAGAUUCGUGUCCACAAUGACACGACAAACCCAGAACCAGGGCCACCAAGGCCAGAUCCUGGUGAAGGAACAUCUUCAAGACCACCAGACACCUACUUCACGCCGCCGCGUGAUACAUCGGAACAUGAUGUACUGGAACUAUUCGAAGACGAAUCUCCUGCGGGCGCUGAAAAGAAUACACCGCCCGACGAGCAGGGAUCUGGUGUUAUUUCGUUUGCCGAACAAAACUAUGAUCAUAAUAUAUUGGACUUGGAGCCUUCGGACCAACCCGCCCGAAUUACGCCUCUCAGGGCUGAUCAAAUAUCGAAUGCUGAUGUGAAUGAACCCAGCCAGUCUAUAGUUUUAGACGACGACGUAUUAGAAAUCCUAGGCGAGGAUCCCACUGCGACACUUAAAUAUGGUCCGGACAUCCGGACAGAGCUGGCCUCUAGGUUUCAGCACAUAGCAACCGAAGGUUUACCUAGAGAAGAUCGCAAGAAGCUCAUUGAGAAAUACCCUUUACCGGCGAACUGUCUUCAUGUGGGUGCUCCCACCAUUAAUCCAGAAAUCAAAGCGGCUUUGACGGAUAACAUCAUUAAAAGAGAUAAAGGGAUUGAAUCUAAACAAAAAGAAAUGGCUAGCGCAAUAACAUGCUUAACUGACAUUAUCUCGAUCCACCUUAAUUCAAAAGAUAAGGAUAACCAGGUGUUACAAAAACUUAUGGACAUCGGACGCAUCCUCUGCGACAUUCAGCACGGAGAUUCCAUCACCAGGCGGAAUUUUAUUCUGUUCGCAGUCAAAAAUGACAUGCAAGAACACUUAAAGAGUACUAAAAUUGACACCUCUUUGUUCGGACAAAAUCUAUCGGACACGCUAAAAUCAGCUAAGGCUGUAAACAAGUCCGGCGCUGACUUGAAGAUACCAGAGGCCAAUAAGAAUAUCCCUAAAAAAGCGAAACCUACGCAACCUUUAAACCGCAGAGCCGCCGCUACCUCGCGCAGGCCAGCGGGAGCGGCGCCGACCACACGCGGCCGUGCAGCAGCGGCAGCCCCGCGCGCACCCUUCCCGGGCCAGCCGCAGCCCGCGCCCGCAUUCAGGACGUCGUCGACGCAGCCGCAAGCAGCGGCGCAGCCACAGCAGCAGCCUCGUCGACGCUAUUAG